AUGGCCUCUUCCGGAUUCCCAUCAGACGACCAACUCCAUAACUUGGAAAGAACAAACUCUACAAACUCUUUGGCCUCACUUAAUAUGAGGAGACAUGGAGGUACCGAGGCACAGACCUACUCUUCAGAGUUUGAGGGUCGUGAGAAUGAAGAGUUGAAAGUGUCAAUGAUCAUCGUUCGUUCAGACUUUGGUGACUGUUCCGCCGAAGAGCAAUCCAAGACCAUCGUCGACAGAUUCAAUGGCAAUGUCAAAGAGACCGCCUUCACCAUGAACCCCCUACUCGGUCGUGGUCUCGACCGUGUCGACAUCAGUCACUUUGUACUCGGUCAGCGCAAUCAGAUUGCAGAGUUGUUUGAUCCAAGAGGCAAACGUUUCUCCACCAUAUAUACGGUCGAUCCAACUGUUGAGAUCAAGUACUUGGGGUCGUAUUCAAAGACUGCUCACUACUUUGGAGCGUUUGGAAAGUAUGUGUUGAACGUGCCUGCAGGUUACUACGCAAAGGGAUACUCAAAGAACCGCCCAGUGCUCUAUGGUGAGGGCCCUCACGUCAUUGUCGAUCCAACCUUCCAGUUUGAUCAAUCUACAGGUUUUGUCAAUCAGCAGGAGCCAUACAUCUCUCAUUCGACAAUCAACAUCCUUCGUGUGCCAAGUGGCAAGAUUGCCAAGGUGUGGCUGGGCACUCAGCCCGUGAUCCUCGAGUCUCGCCGCGAGCCAUACGUGUUUGUCGACGCUCAGUUCCGCUUGGUUGCACCCGAUGCCUCUGCCUCCAAGACCAACCUGUUCUACAACUCGAUCAGUCCAUACAUUGAGCAUGGUUCAAUCAAGAGACUGAUCCCACACACUGGAGAGGUGGCCGUCACCUACGACAAUGGUAUCCUUACCAUCAUCAAGACGCCAAAGGAUGGCCGUCCCGUCGUGAUCGACUCGGCCACACACAACUUCGAGUGCUUCCUGCCAACCUCUCUGCAGACCUGUCUGUUCCCAAGCAAGGAGACCAAGGCACAGGCACUGAUCGACAACCAGAAGGCUGGUCCAGAUGAGGUUAACCUCAAGGUGUUCCAGACUCGUGACUCUCUGCGUGUUGGUGUGAUCCUCGUCGUGGCCUACAAGAUCAUCGAUCCAGAGCUGGCCAUCACCAAGCUGGGCAAGGAGGGCAUUGUCAAGCAUAUUGAGAACGUCUCGUUCGCAGACAUGGGCAAGGCCAUCCAGCUGAGCACCCUGCAAGAGGUGAUGUUCUUCACCAACACCAAGCCAGGCGCACCAGACACCAAGACCGACACCAUUCAAACCAUUCAAGAUCGCGUCAAGACCAACCUUGCCAAGGAUCUGAUGGACUAUGGUAUCGAGUUGUCCAGACUUCAGAUUGAGACGAUCAAAGUAUUGGAUGCUGAGAUUGCAAAGAAGUUGGCUGGUCAAUCAGUUACAUCUGCCGAGUUCACUACCAAGCAGGCUACACUCGCAAAGGAGUAUGAUAUCAAGACUACAGAGGCAAGAUUGAAGGCAGAGACAGAUAACAUUGCAGUGGCACAGAAGAAUCAGGCAACGAUCGCAGACUCUCAGGCAAAGUUGACCGCUGCUCAGAAUGAAGCGCAGUCAUUGCUUAUCAAGGCAGAGGCCGAGAGGAAGGCUUCAGAGAUGCAAGGUGAGCUGUUUGCCAAGUUCCCAGCACUCCUCGAGCUUGAGAUGGCCAAGAUCAAGGCCAUGGCAUUGCAAGGUGCCACCAUCUACAUUGCACCAGAAUCAGUUGGCAACUUCCUCAACUCACCUCUAGUAUACCUUGACAAACUGAAUGGUAGUGUCAAGAAGUAA